AUGAGUGAUUGGUGGCGGGGAAUACUUGACGUAUCGCUGAGCAAUGUUCUUUUAUGCCUGUCCUUGUACUGUCUGAUCCAAACAUUUCUGGUAAAAGCCUGCUUUCGGAUAGCAUGUUUACGUGUUCCGGCAACAAGAAUGCAACUCAGACUGUCUUUUGGACUGACUAUAUUCUCAUUUCAGCUCGAAACCGAGGCCGUAUCGAUUAAAGUGGGACGUCUGCGCUUGAGAUGGCGACAGGGAAAACCAUGCAUUCAUGCUGCGAGAGUUGUAAUUCAUCUCAAAGAUACAACAUCCGUAUCGAAAGCCGCGAGUUCGGAUUCAGCUGCCAUCAGUUCACAUGCUCUGGAGGUCUGCAUUAAAGACACUGUGUUUUCUUUAGUGAAAACUUUCAUGCCUCGAGAUUUGUUGUUUGAGAACCUCACGAUUUUCGAUUGCAACAAGAGCCUUGAACUGAAAGUUAGGAGGGUGUUAAUUGAUCCAGCUUUAAGUAAAGACGAUACUGAGUUUAGAGUUCGCGUCAAUGUUGUUGAUGUUGAGGAGAGACUUUCCUACCAGAUAAUAAAAGGUAUCCAAUAUUAUUUGCGCAUCCGACUUUCUCUAAACUUAGAUCAUCAGGGUCAUCAUCUGAAAGUUCGCUAUUACGAGCAGUCUUUGAACGUCAAUGAUCUUUCGCUCCAGGCCCCACGAGAUCAAUUGAGUACGCGGUCUGAAAGGCAGCCCACAGAAGGUUUCCAGCGUGCAUUUGAGAAAUACAGUGGGCUAAUCUUGCAUCUUACAAAUUUAGAGUUAAGGCUCGAACGUCUGCGACUGCAUCAUCAUGACGGGCUUGAUAUCUACUUUUCAACACUGACAUUCUCCAGUCACCGUCUCGAGGCCCUGAAUCACGACAUGUUAGAUUUGCUUUCCCAGGAGGAGAAGUCCCCCAGAAAUAAUGAGUUUUCCGUGGCAAUUGUGGCUCUCGGCUGCAGUUUGCAGAAAGAGGAGAUCUUUAAAGCCUCGGCGAUGAACAUAACGAUAACCACUGACAUCGUUUCGCAUCUCGUUUCAGAUUUGAGCGUCACAAAAUGUGGUUGUACUUUUGCUGUGAUAGACCCUUCAAUAACGAUUCGCUCUGCUCAACUAAGCACACUGGCUGAUAUUAUCGCGCCAAGCGGCUCUAACGCCACCAGAAAUUCCGACGGAGCAAGCUGCACCCUCAGGUUUCUGAAAUCCGCGAAUUUUAUCACAAAAUGCAUAGUAUCAAAUUUCUUCCUCUCCUAUCAGAUGACAAAUCUCAGGCACCUUGUCCUGAGGGCCAACAGUAUACGUUCAUUCCUUCAAAAUGGCCUCCAAUCCUUUCCUAACUCUUCAUAUGAGAAGUUUUGCCCCAAGAGCUUCCUUGUUUCCAAAAGUCAUUCAGACAAUUUCCUAAAGAUCGACCAAUUCGAUUUGUCACAUUAUCGAUUCGAUGAAACUUCACCUUUGAAGCUAAAAAAACAGCCUCUAAUAAGAUUUAAUAAAUGGGAGUUUUUCAAUCAAGACUUAAAGGCCAGUCCCCAACUUCUAACAACCACUUUACGAGAACUAAAAUUCUCUUUCGAGGAUCUGGAUGCAUUAACGGAUCUGCAUGCCUCUAUUAAAAACUGGGCUCGUUUCUGGCAUUUGAUCAAAAGCCCCCCUCAACCAAGGGGUGCCCAAAAGACAGGGGCGAUUGAAUAUUUAAUCAAAAUGCGUUUAAAAGAUGCGCAUUUCACAUUUGUUGCGAAACAUCAUUUGCCACCAGAGCUUUGCGACGUAAAGGAAGGUGGUAAAAACUUAACAGAUAGGGCCCGAGGGGUUGGCAUUUUAGUGAGAGAAGCACUGUUGCGUUCCGAUUCAGACGGCAAGAGAGCGGAGGUUGGUAAUUUCACACUUUACCGUUUGCUAGAAAACGCAAGCGAAGUAAUGAUGUGGGAUGAAUUAGGCUCUUUCAGGAACAUUCUCAUAUCCGACAAAGGCGGUAUAUCAGUGACUCUCCCUACAUCAUCGUUGAAGUUUGAUGUAAAUGCCAUGUGGCUCUUCUUUUACAUGAAAAGUAUCGCGAACCGGUAUUUUCCAAAAAGUGACAAAGACGCGUCUUCAAACCGUCCCCGUAAAGAAAGCGGGCUUCUGCAUAAUUUCGGUUUAAAACUUAACAGUAUUGUUAUUGAUGUUGAGCUUCCACAAGAAACCAAGAUGUUGAUCUGUCUUCAAGAUAUAACGUUCAAACCUGGAGAGAAAGAAAUUUGCCUCAGAAAACUCAAACUACUCAUAGAGUCGGUAUACUCCAAAGGAAAAAGCACAAUGGUUCCAUUAUUAACAGUAGGCGACUUAAGUUUCGGCCGACCACAAAGUUUAAAUGACUUUGAUCUUAUAAUAAAGUCGUCUUUCAUUUGCUUCAAAACGGAGUAUCAUCUUCGUUUAUACCGAGUUUUUGACAACAUAGUCACUAUGGUAAAGGCGUUAAAACAAAUCAGGAUGGCAUACAUGGAUUUAUCUCAAUUCAAAAAACUUGAGCCAGUUAGUGAAAAUCCCAAGAAACUUCCUAACAUAAGAGUCGAAUCUGAACUUCUUCUGCUAAAUGUCGAAGAAGAUAUAUUCGAGCAAGAGCUUGGCCUCAUCUACAAGGUCGGUGUUUUGGAGCAAAGGGAUCGGCUUGAAAAGAUUGCUUUGUUAAAUGAACACCAGCCACGUUUUACAGAACAUGAUACUUAUGAAAUUUUCGAGAACGGUGAGUUGGGAGGCACUGGCACGCAACACCAAUUCGACCUUCAAAAGGAAAAGCUCCUCAAAAAUAUUUCUACCUCAUGGAUCAAUCGUUUUCGCAAGGCCAAACUUCUCUUCCAGGGCAAACGAGCUUCCGUAUCGAAAUCCUUGCAAGCAGGUGAGAAAGAAUAUCUUGUCUCCGAAAAAAUCCACUGUACAGUUUUUAAGGUAAAGGUUGAAAAUUUAGCUUUGACCUUAGGUCCACCAUCGUUUCCUCUCGAGAGCUCCUCGCAGUUUCUGUUUGACUUCGGAAAAGGAAUACCACAAUCCACAUGCUACACAUUUUUAUGUCCCAUGAAAGUGAACCUAGAGACAAAAAAUUGGACAUUUUUGCUGCGAGAUUAUCCUUUACCUAUUCUUUCCUUUCCGAAUACAUCCAUAGUUGGUGAUUUAGUUUUCGCAGAAAAGAUGCCAUCUUUGAUCUCAAAGCGAUCGAUUUAUGUCCCAUUUGUGCCCAUGUCAGAUUCUCAAGCCCAUUGUACUGAUUCAAUUUAUGGAGCCAACAUCGUUCGCACCAUUAACCCUUUGAAAACCUAUAUGAAUCUAGUGUGCUCGGUUAAUUCGUCGGUCCCGACUAAUAUCACGUGGGGCAAAUCUCUUCAGCCAGGAUAUCAGUCUGUGAUGGCGUGGUUUGAUUAUUUGACAAAGCCGCCACUGGAUCCUUCUGAAAAAUUAGGAUUUUGGGAUAAAUUCCGGCUGUUCAUUCAUGGUAGAUUGGUGUUCAAAUGGGCAACCGAUAGUGAAAUGCAUUUAAACAUCAAAGGUUCCCAUGAUCCUUAUAGUAUAACAGACGAAGGGGCGGGGCUUUCUUUUUGUUGGAGCGGAGAUACAGUGCUGUCUAUUCACGAAUCAGAUAAUCCGUGCGAAUUCCUUAAAAUUACGUCCAAAAACUUCAAAUUGGGCAUCAGAGACUUUACGGAUAUUCGAAAGAUUGAUAAAACCAUUAUGGAUCUUACUGGUGCUGUGGUUUGGAAAAUGGGUCUAAUAUUCGAGCAAGGAAGCCUGAAGAGAGCCGGUGAAGAAAAGCGAGACUCUAAAUUUCGUCCUCACUAUGAAGUUGAUCUUUGUAAUCCGCUUUUCGUCCCGGAUAAAAAGACUCACGAUUCUUAUCGAGGAUUUAGAAGUGAUUUCAUUCACAUGUCUUUCGGAGUUUACUCAAAUGAAUCAUCAUCAACCGCGAAUCAAAUUUUUUUGGCACCUCACACAAUGGCGCAUUUUUUGACCUGGUGGGGACUGUUUAGUGCUUACACAUCUGGCCCCAUUCGUCAAGGCUCCUUAUUUCCUGAUCUGGUUCAAAAUCCGAAGAAGUUUUCUCGAGCGCUAUUUACUGUGAAAUAUCAACUGUUUCUGGCGCCUCUAACGUUUUCACAUGUAUAUGGACACGCCGAUUCCAAUUCCGAUAGCACUGGAAAGAAUAACGUGGCCUUCACUGGCCUCAAAGGUAAAGUUGACUCACUUAAGAUCGAUUUGCACCAGAAAAGGGUUAGAUUGAUUCACGCUGAUAAAGUUCUAGGAAAUUCAAGAACAGUAUGGAAAUUUAGACAAAAUGAGGGCGAGGUUGACUGCUUAAAUGCCGAUGUCAGGUGUAUUAGUGCAGUUUUCAAUCAGGAAUCGGUGGAGGGUAUUUUAGCAAAAAACUUAGGUGUGAGGGAAGCCAAAUUAUUCGGUGGGUUUUCUGGAGGCGAAACAUCUGCAGACUCUCCUGCCAGCGAUGACGGCGUAGGAACUUGGUAUGACUUCAGAGAUUAUUGCGACCUUAAUCAAGUAUUCUUGGAGUCAUCCACGCCGCUGACUUUCAAAUCAACACCCCUUUUGUUUUCUCCCAGAAUAUCGUACUUGCGUCAUCGAAACGAUGAGGGCGAUGAUUUAGAUUAUCCCUUCGGCGAGGAAAGGUCCCAUGAUUGCAUGUUAGGACACAACGGGCCUGAGAAAACGCAAGAACAUCUGGCGCACAGUCGCGCAGUGGAGAUCGAGACUAAAAUGGAGAGCAUUAAGAAAAAUUUGGAAAGAAAUGACGUGCCACAUUCAACCAAAAUUCGCUUAAAGGAGGAGCUGCAUGAUUUUGGUCAUAGAUUGCAUGUGAUACAUCGAGUUUUGAAGGAUUUAGAGAUAUCCAAACUACCAAGUAGUACACUAGUGCUGGAUGACAUAGAAAGUCUGCCAUCUGGGUUUGAGAAAUGCGUUCAAACUACCACAGGAAAUAGUUCUGAACUUGCAAGAACACCAACGAUUCAAUCUUUUACAUCAAUGAAGAAGGUCUCGAGCGCAUUCGUGAAAUCGAGCUUUGAUAAUAAGUUCAUCAUUCACAACCCAUUUUUGAAGAUUAACAAUAGAACGAGAGAUCUUUUGAUGAAUUAUGCGUCAAAUGUCUUUCAUACCAAAAGAUCAUCAUUUUUCCAAACUCACAAGGCAGUCUCACUGCUGGAUGAGCUUUUGAAAAGUGGGAAAUGGGAUACUCCUGGACCUAUUGAGGACUCUGUCUUUUUUACAAUUGAGGAUUUCAUAACGAGCAAGGAGUUAAUGGAAAGGUAUAAUGAGAUCAUCCGAGAAGUUCCAGAAGAUGGACUCGAAGCCUUUGACAACUAUCAGAUUAAACUUCUCUCUCCUCAAAUUCAGAUGACGUCGAUUCUCGAGCAGGAAAAAGCUGUCGUAGUUACUGCGCGAGAUAUCGAAGUCAGCAUCAUUGAUGUCAAUCAGGUAUUCAAUCGAUCUGGCCAGCUCGUUCCAUUAGAUGUUAACACGCUGGUGGAAACAAGGAUAUGCACGAUUCUCAAUGAGGCUCGAUUCCUGAUAUUCGACAAACAAGAGAUAGUUAAAAAGAACGGCUUAGGAUUUCAUGUUAACGGUUAUGGUUUGGACUCGAAUUCAUCAUUUUGGCCCCCUUGGUUACCGAUGGAGAUGUGCUACAAUUGCGAGACGCUGGGAGAAUUUGUCUUUUUGGAAAGGAAUGACAUGGUUUUGACAUUCACCAGGCCAAAUUCUUUAUUCUUCAGCAAAAGCAGUCAAUUUCAGAGCAACGAGUCACGGCUUAAGGUUGGGUUUCCUAACGUUGUUUUCAAAUCCAACUCUCAGCAGUAUUCAGCCGUCUACGCAAUAGCAACCGACUUGGCAUCGUUUGCUUCGAAAUAUGAUAGAAAGGUUGAUAAAUUGUCGAGAAUUCUACUGGCCGACGAAGUUAAAGAGAAUCUAGAUAAGCUGGAAGCAUCCAUUGUUAUUCGUUUACAACAGAAGAUUAGAGAGCUAUACAGGAUGAGGGGCUAUUUGAAGAUUUAUGAUCCGCAAAGUUACAAACAAGCUGCACAAGAAAUUGCUGUUGAAGCACAAAUGAGCGUGAUAGAGCUUGAGUUACUCAUGACGGCAAUAAAAAAGAACUACGAUGACUGUAAGCGUUUUAGCAGUAAGGGUGCCGUCCAAGAUAAGGUCACUUGGCAGAUUCGAGCGGAUGAAUUGGUUUGGCGGCUGUACGAUGCCCACAAGAAGGAGUUUCUUAUCUUCGAGCUCGGACCGUCAUCAUUUGUUCGCUCACAAGGUUUGGAUGGCUCAAACAGCAAUAAACUGAAGAUUUCUACGUUAAGGUGCUUUAAUCUUCAGAAAGAUCCAGUUUACCGCGAAUUGUUGGCUCCUUAUACCGAAUUCUCAAAAUAUGAUGAAACUAAAGCAUCCAUCGAAAUACUGUGGGCCAUGGGAGUGCCAGUGGGGGGUAUUCCGAAUCUUGAAGAAUUAGUUGCUAUUUUACAGCCUCUAAAAUUCAAAAUGGACCAUAAGACAUCUGCCAAGUUAGUUGACUAUCUGUUCCCCGACAUUCCACACUCUCCACAAUUGUCAAAGAAUGCGAAACCGUCAAAUAUUAUUCCACUAACUUCUGACAGCGAUAAUCGCUCUCCUAUCCCAGAGUUAGUGUCCCGUGAUAUGUCUCGGCACUCCUCGGUCUCAUCAUCUCUGGUGUCAGACGGACUCGCCGAAAUACUACCCUCGAAUUUUUCAAGCGCCAUUUUGCAAGGUAGGCUUUCAUCUCCUGGGGCAGCUGUUUUGACGUCCGAAAAUGAUCUUAACGAAAUGGUUACGAGGUCUACCCAAUUUUUCAACGUCAAGACUGUGGUUAUACAAAGCGUGACGUUAUUAAUCAGUUAUCGUGGAUCGAAAAGCCUGAUAACCAACGUCGAAAAUCUCAAGGUCAAAGUCCCAACGAUGAAAUAUUCAAACAAACUAUGGUGUAGGGCCGAGUUUCUUGCCACGUUAAAAAGAGAUAUUAUAAAAGUGGUCGUUCAACACAUGGGUAAUAUUAUUGGCAACAAAUUCAUACCACACAAAAAGGAAAAGAGAUAUAAUUCACUUGAACCGAUAUCAUCUCUUGCCAGAACUGAAAGUUUCAGAUCUCAGAAUCCUUCAAACAAUGAUUUCGUUUUCCCAUCUGAGUCGAGAACAAGUAAUAAUCAGAGUGUGGCUCUUGACGAGAUACCUACUAGCGAAGUCGAAAAAUUCUACCCGGAGUCUAACUGA